AUCGCAUUCCAGCGCGAGCCUUCCAGAGGAAUGCCUUCACCCCGUCACAUCGCGGCAUGAUUUGUGGCAAAUGAUGGCAUGGACCACCUUGGUCAAGAUCUCUGAACACAAUGCUGUGAUGACGCGCAGCUGGAUUAAUGCGCACAUACACAAGCUGUCAGAUGAAUAAGCAGCACUUGUACAGGCAUGGCACCAAACGACACAGAUGCCGGCAAGCCCGGUGACAUGAUCAUCCUCUCUCUCACGCUUUCGUUUCUUGCUGUGCUGACGACGGCCAUGAACUGCUUGGUCAUUACAGCCAUCAUCGUCACGCGCAAACUGCACCAUCCCGCGAACUAUCUCAUCUGCUCACUGGCCGUGACCGACCUGUUGGUGGCCGUAUUAGUCAUGCCCUUCAGCAUCGUCUACAUUGUGAUGAACACGUGGGUCAUGGGUGAAGUCAUGUGCAACAUCUGGUUAAUCGUGGACAUAACCUGCUGCACGUGCUCCAUUCUGCACCUCGCGGCCAUCGCAGUGGACCGGUACCGAGCCAUUACGGACGCCGUGGAGUAUUCGAGAAAGAGGACGUCUCUACGGGCCGCCGUCAUGAUCAGCGUGGUGUGGCUCCUCUCUAUAGUCGUCUCUCUGCCGCCAAUGCUGCUGAGACAACAGGAAGAAAACUCGUGCAUCAUUAAGCACGACAACAUCGGCUCCGCGCUUUACUCCACGUUUGGGGCUUUUUACAUCCCGCUGAUACUCAUUCUCAUUCUCUACUACAAGAUCUACCGAGCAGCGAAGACUCUGUACAACAGGAGAGCCAGUUGUCUCAGCAAGCCGGAGGUGAACGGACACAUGCUUCCAAAGUGCAGCGACCGGGAGCCGACGACCCCCGACACCCUCAGCCCUCCGGAGAAAUCGGUGUCUGAACCCUCCACCGAAGGCGACAGGGCACGCAUCACUACGAAAAGCCCCAAGUCUCGGUCCCGCAGAGAGCGGUCUGUCAGGAGGCGACGCAUCUCCAGCACGCGUGAGAGGAAGGCCGCCACCACCCUGGGACUCAUUCUGGGGGCCUUUGUCAUCUGCUGGCUGCCGUUCUUCAUCCAUGAGGUGAUUGUUAACGUCUGUAAAUCCUGCGAUCCUCUCUCUCCGAAGGUAACCAACUUUCUGAUCUGGCUGGGUUAUCUGAACUCUCUCAUCAACCCACUGAUUUACACCAUCUUUAAUGAGGAUUUCAAAAGGGCUUUUCAGAAGUUGAUCAAGUGCAAGAAUUACCUCUAACGCCAAUGAAGGGACUGCGUCACGUGAACUGAAACUGUUACACCGAAAAACAAGGACACAAUUAAACGAGGGGUUAUUCUGCACAAUUAAAUUUAGCCUUUUAUAUGAAAUGUUUUGUUGAUUCAUUCUCGUAAGUAGAAAAAUUUUUCUCAAAAGUUAGGCAACAAAUCAGGCCACAUUAUUUGUCUGAAGAAUUUUCUCUGCUUUUUAAACAAUUCUGCUGCUGGCAAAAUGAGUCGCAUGGAGCAUAUUUUGAAAACUGAGUUAUUUUUAAUUUUAAUAUGCCCCUUUUUACAAGAUGUAAUAUUGGCCUUGGUUGUCCCCAGAAUGUGUCUGUGAAGUUCCAGCUCAAAAUACCCUACAGAUCAUUUAUUAUAACAUUUGGAAAUUGACGUUUUUGGGGCAGGUCAAGAAAAGAGCUAUUUUUGGUAUGCAUCACUUUAAAUGCAUAUUCACGGCCAAUCUCCAAACACAGUCUCACAACCAAUUUGUAUGUGUUUUACAAGUUGGUAAAUUCGUACAACAUCACUUGUACGAUUUUGUACAAUUUGUCUAAAACCCCAGUGAGUGGUAGGUUUAGGGGUGGUGUAGUUAUAGGUCAUUCGUACAAAUUUAUCUGAAUUGCCAACUCGUAAACUAGUAACUAUAACUAAUCACUUUUUUAAAGUAACGUGCCCAACACUGCUGUUGACAUAAAAAAAUAAACUGAUUACAACUACAAAAGCAAUCCAAUCAAGAGCAGCGAGUGUUUUAUAGUUAGAUUAAUAUCAAUGCAACAGGGAGCCUAUAUUAAGACUUACUCUAUGCAUUUACCUAAUAUAACGUUACACAUCAGAUGUUUUUCCCCAUAAUUUCCCCAAACAUUCACAUGACAUAUUAUGUUUGUGUGAAUACUUAAAUCCUGUAAUUCUAUGUAUAUGCGUUUCUAAAAUUAGCCCCUGCGCAUUCUGACUCAUUUUGCCAGCACUGGUCACAUAUUAGUCUUCGUCUAUCAAACAUUGGAUAUCAUAUCAGCAAAUGAUAAAGGCCUGUUCACACCAGAGAUGUUAGCUAUAAUGAUAACAAUAAAGAAUCUGCAACACCGCUGUACUCAAUGCAACACAAAGGACCGAUCAUAUUGAAAUCACCUUCAGGAUUUUUUCCCAGCUGGUAACAGCCAAUGAGAAUCUAUGCUGCUUUAACGUUCUUGAGCCACACAAAACUGCAGCAUGUGUGCUAAUAAACAGAAUGGUAUAGUGUUGGUGUGUAGGAUAAUCUGAUUUUCAUUAUAGUUAUUGUUCUUGGUGCGAACAGGCCUUUACACUUUAUUUUAAGGUGUCUUUGAUACAGUGAAUGAUUCAGUAAUUGUACUUGAUAUAUGUAUAAUUUAAUUAUACAUUUAGGUGUUGAGUGAUAUUAAUCAACAGCAUCUGCUUGCUAGGGUCAUUGUUAGGAGUAGGGUUUGUUAUUAGUACAAUACAGUACAAAGACACUGUAAAAUAAAGUGUUACCCAGUAAUCAAUAUCAAUAAUAUUUUAUUGAUAGUAUUUAGCAUUCCUGGCACACAGUAAGAAAUAAGGAAAAAGUACUGAAAUACAUGAAUAGAUUACAGAUUAUGUAUGAAAGUUUUUCAUGUAAUCCAAUUUAAAGGGAUUCCAUUCAACAGUUAAAUGUAAUUAACUUGAUUUGAACAAAUUAAACAUUUUGAGUGUAUUAUGAAAUACCUGCAACAAACUGCAUAAUUCUGUGAGGCAGAAGAGUAACUGUCACUUUUCAUACAGUUUCACAAAUGUCUUAUAUUUAGGUAGAAAUCUGUAAAUAAAACUAGAUUAGUUAGAGCUGAACUAUAUUUUUGUGGGGUUUGUCAUUAACAGAUUUCAAACUAACCUCAAUGUUUGUAUGUAAAAAACAUACUAUUUUUCAUAAGGAAAGAAUUCGGGGUAACACUUUACAAAAAAAGUCUCAUUAGUUGACAUUAAUAAUGAAUUAAUUAACAUUAACGAUGACCAAGACAGUAUUCAUUAAUCUUGGUUAAUGUUAUAUAAAGGUUAAGUUAAUAAAAAUGCAACUUUUCAUUAUUAGUUCGUGUUAGCUAAGGCCCAUUAAAUAAUAUUAAUAUAUAAAACUUUUUUAUUCACGUACUAAUACAUUUUGAAGUGCUUAUUUUGACUGCUUGUUCCAUUAAUACAGUUAACUAAUGUUAAAUUAUUGUAAAGUGUUACCAAAUUCAGUUUACAGCCCAUUUCAUAAAUAUUCAGCGUGAAGGGCAAAAAUAUGACAUGUAAUAUACUGUAUUUAGAUGAGAAUAUUGUACUUGCAUACAAUUAAAAUCAAACUUCCAGUCAAACCCUGAACACACCAGACUAAAUGAUUAAGAUCUCGUGAUCUUAAUAAAACCUUCUUAUUAUUUCGUAGUUUUGAAUGUGAAGGAGUGUCCGGACGAUUCACUGGAACUGUACAUUACACAAACAACGGAAAUGCUUAUUAGAUACUUCAUGCUUUUGGGCAUCUGAGGUCGAUUUGCUAGGCAAAUAUGUUGUGCAUUUGUUUAUUUCUUUGUUACUCUGUUUUAUCUGAUAAGACGUGUGUCAAGUUACAGUGAGACCAAAGACGUGAACAGAGAACUAACACAUAAAAUCUUACAGAAACUCACGAUCUGAUAAGGGCCCAUGAUGUACCGAUACCCAUAAUGUACCUGUUGAUCAUGUUAAUAAAUGUUUUACAUAAUAUAGACUAUGUUGAUUGUACUGAUUAUUACAUGACAUAACACAAAAUAUCCUAAAUUAGAAGCAGAAGUCGAUCAACUCGAUCUGAAAACGGACUCAAAACAAAUGCAAGAAAUGUGGUACAAGAUCUCUGUCAAAUGUUGUAGCAUGAAAUGUUUUUAUACAUAUUUUAUACUCGUUCUUUUCUCGCAUUGAAUUAAAACUGAUGCCACAAC